AUGCGUUUCUCAACCGUGUCCCUGGCAGCCUUGACUGUCGCCAGUCCGGCUCUUGCAUCUCCUGUCUCGAGGGGAGAUACGGAGUCCGAACGCGCAAAUGCCGUCAAGCAAGCUUUUCAAAUUGCAUGGGAUGGCUACUAUGCUCAUGCUUUCCCCCACGACCAAUUGCACCCAGUAGACAAUGGCUACGAUGAUAACUAUGACGGUUGGGGCGCCUCCGCAGUUGAUGCUAUUUCUACCGCAGCUAUCAUGGGCAAUCAACAAGUCGUUGACCAAAUUCUCAACUACAUUCCUACCAUCGAUUUCAAAUACUCGAACGAGACAACUAUCAGUCUGUUUGAAACCACCAUUCGCUACCUAGGUGGCCUCUUGGCCGGUUACGACUUGCUCUCCGGCCCGGCUGCGAACCUUGUUUCUGAUAAGAGCAAGGUUCAUGCGCUAUUGUCGCAGGCUCAGGUUCUUGCUGAUACCUUGAGUUACGCUUUCGAAACACCCUCUGGUGUGCCAUACAACAACCUGCUCAUCAACAAUCGCAGCAAUGAUGGCUCGACAACGAAUGGCCUGGCUACUACCGGCUCCUUGAUCAUUGAGUGGACGCACUUAGCGGAUUUGACAGGCAACGAAACUUAUGCACAACUCGCCCAGAAGGCCGAAUCCUACCUAAUCCAUCCUCAGCCGUCUUGGGCUGAACCUUUCCCAGGUUUGGUUGGUAGUACGAUUGACAUCGCAACCGGUGAAUUCACCGACAACUAUGUCACAUGGAACGGCGGAGAUGAUUCCUUCUACGAAUAUCUUAUUAAGUUUUUCGUCUACGACCAAAGCCGUUUCUCAGAGUAUCGCGACGUCUGGCUUGCUGCGGCCAACUCUACUCUUGAGCAUCUCCUGUCCCAUCCUGCUCCCAAGCCGGAAUUGACCUUUGUCAAUAUCUGGGACAAUGGAACACUCAUCUCGACUAGUGAACAUCUGACUGGAUUCAUCGGCGGUAACUUCUUGUUGGCAGGUUCUGUUUUGGGCCGUCAAGAUCUCAUCGAUGCCGGCCUGGCAUUUACAGACUCAUGGCACGCAACUUACAACAGCACUGCAACAAAGAUUGGUCCCGAGGUGUUUGCUUGGGAUGAGGCGGGCGUUCCAGCUGACCAAGAAGCGUUCUACAAGGAGGCUGGCUUCUAUAUCACGUCAGCCGACUAUGUCUUGAGACCAGAAGUUAUUGAAAGUUACUACUAUGCUUACCGCAUCACUGGUGACACCAAGUACCAAGACUGGGCCUGGGAUGCCUUCCUUGCUAUCAAUUCUACAUGCCAUGUAGGAUCUGGCUACUCUGGAAUUCAGAACGUCAACAUUGCUGGAGGAGAUGGUUUUGACAACGUGCAAGAGAGUUUCCUCUUUGCCGAGGUUUUGAAAUACUCUUACAUGAUCCACGCAGAGGACGCCGACUGGCAAACGAAAGCCGAUGGCCUGAACAAGUUCGUCUUCAACACCGAAGCGCACCCUUUCAAGAUUGCCGGACCAGCGUAG